AUGUCGACAUACGGCGUGUUGGUUAAGGACAUCGGAACCCAUUCGUUCCGAAAAGGCGUGGCCAGCGAGCUGUCGAAUACCCCUGGAGGACCAGAAGCCGUGAACGUGUGGCUCCGAGCCGGGUGGACCCUAGGAACUGUCCAGGGUCGGGCACAACGUUAA